GUUUCAGGGGAGAGAAGUGUGAGGCUUCUACAUAUGGACACGAGGCGCCGGUGAGAGAAUAGGGUUUUUCUUUUCUUUCGCGUGCGGCGAUGGGGUUGAUCGGCACCGUGCUGGGCCUUGUUGGGUUCGCCUGGGGAAUCGGCUUUGGCGUCGUCAUUGGCUACUUCCUCUUCAUUUAUUUCACGCCUGUGGAUGUCAAGGAUCCUAUAAUCCGACCUUUGCAGGAGCUCGAUACCAAGUCGCUGCAGGAGCUAUUGCCAGAGAUUCCUCUCUGGGUUAAAAAUCCAGACUAUGAUAGAGUGGACUGGCUAAACAAAUUCUUAGCGGAUCUUUGGCCUUUCCUUGACAAGGCUAUUUGCAAGAUCAUUCGUGACACUGCCAAACCAUACAUUGAUGAAUACGGGGCGAAGUACAAGCUACAGUCGUGCGAAUUCGAGGCCUUGACAUUAGGCACGCUGCCACCGACGUUUGUAGGCAUCAAAGUGUAUGAUACUCAAGAGAAGGAGAUGAUUAUCGAGCCGUCUCUUAAAUGGGCUGGAAAUCCAAACAUUCUCGUUGCUGUCAAGGCGUUUGGUCUCAGAGCGACUGUCCAGGUUGUCGACUUGCAAGUGUUCGCCACCGCACGCGUUACGUUGAAGCCCCUUGUUCCUGCAUUCCCAUGCUUUUGCAAGAUCAUAGUCUCUCUAAUGGAAAAGCCUCAUGUGGAUUUUGGUUUGAAACUUCUCGGUGGCGACUUAAUGGCAAUUCCAGGGCUUUAUGCGUUUGUCCAGGACCUGAUCAAGGAUAAAGUCUCAGAAAUGUACUUGUGGCCAAGAACACUGGAAAUCAACGUCAUAGACGAUCCGAAGGCGGUAAAGAAACCUGUUGGAAUGCUGGAAGUCAAGGUUGUCAAGGCGAUGGGCCUCAAGAAGAAAGACCUCAUGGGGAAGUCUGACCCAUACGUGAGGCUGGUGCUCGGUGAAGGACCCUUUGCCAAGAAGAAAACGACCGUGAAAAUGAACACUCUCAAUCCAGAAUGGAACGAAAACUUUCACAUGCUUGUUCUGGAUCCAGAAUCUCAAGCUCUUGAGCUAUUUGUUUACGACUGGGAAAAGAUUGGAUCCCAUGACAAGAUUGGUAUGCAAGUUGUUCCAUUGAAAGGCAUCGUUCCUGGUGAAACAAAGACUUUGACAUUGGACCUGGUUAAGAGUAUGGAUCCCAAUGAUCCAGCAAAUCAGAAGCCUCGUGGUCAGCUUACAAUUGAACUGACUUACAAAGCGUUCAAGGAGGAUCAAGACAUUCCAAUCGAAGAAGAAGAUGCUAAUGCCGUCGAAAAAGCUCCCGAAGGUACUCCCGAAGGAGGUGGUUUGCUUGUUGUGACUCUCCAUGGUGCCGAAGACUUGGAAGGCAAGCACCACACGAAUCCUUAUGUGAGGCUCACGUUUAGAGGCGAAACAAAGAAAACCAAGGCUAUAAAGAAGAACCGAGAUCCCCGAUGGGAUCAAGAGUUCCAGUACCUUUUAGCGGAGCCACCAGUGGAGGACCGCUUGCGAGUGGAAGUCAUAAGUAAAGCAAUGGGAAUUGGAGUCCAUCUGCGUGAAAAUCUGGGAUACGCAGACAUCAAUCUUGCGGACGUGGUGAAUAACAAGCGGAUCAACGAAACUUAUCAGCUGAUCGACUCCAAAAACGGCAAGAUUCAAGUCGAGAUGGAGUGGAGAGCGAGCUGAGCCAACACAGCGGGAGACUGUUCGUGGCAGCUGCUUAAGAGGAAUCAAGUCAUCCGGGCGUGAGCGAGCGUAAAAUAGCGAAACAAUAAACAAUCCAUCAUAAUCUCUGUACAGUUUGAGCACUUUUCUGAGCUGUUGUAACUAAAGGUUUGAUUGGAACUAGUCCAAUGUGAUGUUAA